AUGGGUUGUCUCUGCUGUAAGCCUUUAGAUCCUGAUGAAUACAAAGGUCUACUUUCCGGAGACAAUACUGCCAGGAACACUCUUAUGCAAGCAAUUGUUGAUAAUGACGAAGAUUUACUUCAAGAUCCAGAAAUAAAAGCAAUUUUAACAAACAAAACCUCGGAUGAUGAUAUGGAUGAACUAGAACUUGAAAACUACAUUAAAUCUUUAUCACAUAGUAAUUAG